CGAUUUUAGUUUUGAAUUGUAAGGCAUUUCGUAUUGAAUCGAUUUUGUUGCAAAGAUUGUGGAAAUAAAUUUUCGGAAAAGAUGAGCCCUCAAUUGCGAUGUUGGUCCCACAUUUGUGUAAUUCUUAUGAUUUUCGGCGGCAUUGCCAAAGCGGAAAGCAAUGUUAAGGAUGACAUGAUUAAGUGGAAAGAGCAUGAAAUAGACGUUUUUGUUUUGAAAGAAAUAGUGGAAGAUUUGCAACAUGAUUUGGAAGAUUUGCUAAAAUCUUCAAAGGCCCAAAGUCGCAUGCUGGAGAACAUCCGUUCCGAAAAGCAAAGCGAUUUAUGUGAGAAUGUUGAAAAUGCCUAUAAUAAAACACAAAGAAAAUACAAUUACGUUCAAGAGCGAAUUGUAGUGAAAAUUGAUGAAAUUCAAGCAGAACAAAUGGAAAAUCUUAAAAAAAUUAAAGAUGGGAAAAGUAAUUGCCAAUCAAGUCCCAGUACUGCUGCCGUUUUGCCCCCAACGAUGUUCGGUGAAAUCUCCGGACAAAUUGAGUUGUUGGAAACACAAUUGCAAGAUCAAGAGACGCAUCAAAAGGCACAGCACACCAAAAAUGAGGAACAAUUGAAAAUUCUACGUGAUAUCAAUACCAAACUCACAGCCCACCAAGAGAAAUUCGAAAAGUUGGAGAAAGAACUUACCGAGCUAUUGAAACCACAACCUAAACAGGGUUAUGACGUUGUCCCAGAGCCGCUGCCUAUGAGUCUUGUAGUGGGAAUGGCGAAAAAAAAUGCUGAUGUUAAAUAAAUAUUUUAUUAAAUGUAUUGUAAAUAACCACAAA